CUUCAUUAGCCGAAAGAAAGCCCGUUAAGCUUUCGGUUUCAUUUUCUCUCGUAUAAUCAUCACUCGGGUCUUUUUUCUCUGUGGCUCUGCAUCUCUCAGUAUGUUUGGAAAUGCUAGGAUGAUUUUCUCAAAGCUGAAAUAGGACAAGAAAUAUUUUCCAGUUAAUUCAAACGAAAGAAAUAAUGCAUAUAUAGGGGAAAAGGUCCGUUCUGCUUUGCUAUAUUCUUUAAUGAAGAUUGGUGAAUUUGGCAAUGCUUUGACGAACUGCUCGUUGUUUGAUUAGAUUGUUGGUUGUAUUGGCUUGAGUUGUGAAUCUGGUGAGCAAGGAUGGCAAAGAAGAAGAAUCCUCUAGUUUUUAUGGAUGUGUCAAUAGAUGGUGAUCCUGUUGAAAGAAUGGUUUUUGAGCUCUUUCCUGAUAUUGCUCCCAAGACUGUAGAAAACUUCCGUGCCCUUUGUACAGGAGAAAAGGGCAUUGGUCCUAGAACUGGAAAACCGUUGCACUACAAGGGUUCAUUUUUCCAUCGUGUCUCUAAAGGUUCCUUGGCCAAGGGUGGUGAUUUUGUAAGAAGAGAUGGAACAAGUGGGGAAAGUAUAUAUGAUGGGAAAUUUCCAGAUGAAUCACCUAGGCUAAAGCAUGACGGACCUGGUCUUUUAUCUAUGGCAAUUGCUGAUCGUGACACUGUUGGUUCACAAUUUGUUAUCACAUUCAAGGCUAAUCAUGACCUUGACAGAAAGUAUGUAGUCUUUGGACAGCUUGUACAAGGAAAUGAAGUGUUGAAGAAAAUGGAAAAUGUGGGUAAUGAGGAAGGAAUACCUACUGUGACAGUGAAAAUUAUUAAUUGUGGCGAAGUCAGUGAAGAAAAUAUGAAAAAUAAGUUUAGAACGGGCAACGAUACUUUUUCUGCUGCUAACAAUUAUGAAUCACGGAGGAAGGGGAAAAAUAAGAAAUCUUCAAGAGACAAAAGAAAGAACAGAAGAAGACAUUAUUCGUCUGAUUCGGAGAGUUCCUCAGAUUCUGAGACAGAAUCAUCUGAAUCUGAUAGCGAUUCUGACUCAUAUCUCUCAUCAUCGUCUGACAUUAGCUCUUCAAGUGAUGAUGGGCACAAAAAGAGGAAGAGAUCUUCUAAACGAGGAAAAUAUAGACAUGGAAAAAGGAGAGAUAGACGACGUGAGAAAAAGAGAAAAAGGCGUGAUAAGAGAUCAAAGCGUAAAUCAAGAAGGGCUUCAGAUAGCCUUACAGAUGAUGACAGUGAGAGUAGCAGUGAAAGCAGCAGUGACAGUGAUGAUAGAGGAAAACCACAGAAGCAUAAAGAGCCUUCUCAGAAAAGUGUUGGGAACCAAUCCCCUUUGGCUACAGAAAAAGCACUUCCUCACAGAAAGAAUGAAGAGGCUGAUUUGGAGUGUGACGCCCCUAGGGAAAAUGGAGGGCGAAAGAGCAAUGGCAUUGAAGAAGGUGCUAAAUCAGACAGAAGUGCAGAGAGACCACCUGAUGUGGUAGAUGAUGGCCCGAGCAAAUCUAGGAGCAGAAGUGCGAGUCCUAAGAGGACCAUGAGUAAGAGUAUGAGUAUUAGUCCAUGGAGGACUCAUAGCCGGAGCCCAAGUCUUAGCCGAAGCCGAAGUGUGAGCAGGAGCCCAGUUGCAAGUAGGAAUCCCCCACGUUUUCUAGAAAGAAGUUUAAGCAGGAGUCCUGCUAGAAGCAUCAGAAUAAGCCCAUCGAGGACGAGAAAGGAUAGAAGCAUCAGUAGGGGCCCAGUUAGAGGACAUUCUAGAAGAAGCAUAAGCAGGAGCCCUGUAAGGUCCCUGUUGCGGUCCCGAAGAAGCCCAAGUAGGAGUCCACUCAAGUCAACAAGAAAAUCAAUUAGUAGAAGCCCGGUUAGACUUUCAAAGAGAAGCACAAGUAGAAGUCCUGCAAGAUCUCGGAGAAGCAUUAGCGGAAGUCCUGUAAGAUCUUCUAGGAGAAGCAUAAGUAGGAGCUCUGCUAGGGCUCCUCCUAGGAGAAGCAUCAGCAGAAGUCCAUUAAGGGAACCAAUUAGGAAUUAUCGUCGUAGUUAUUCAAGGAGCCCCACUGCUGUACGACGGGUAAGGUCACCUACUGAUCGAGGUAGAAAUAUGUCAAGAAGUGUUUCUCCUGAUGAAUCACCUAAGCGUAUCAGAAGGGGUCGGGGUUUCAGUGAGCGCUACUCCUAUGCACGAAGAUACAGAACCCCUUCUCCAGAUCGUUCUCCUGUGAGGUCCUAUCGUUAUGGUGGCAGGAUUGAUCGUGAGAGGUAUUCAAGUUACAGGCGGUAUUCACCUAGGCGCUAUAGAAGCCCCCCAAGAACUCCUCCAAGGUAUAGAGGCAGAAGAAGCCGGACAAGAAGUCUGUCUGUAUCACCGAGCCCGAGGUAUAGAAAUCGUCGAUGUGGUCAUGGCCGCAGCCGUAGUCCAAGUCGAAGUCGAACCUCUAUUCACAGCCGUAGCUCAAGUCAAAGUCGAACCCCUGUUCGCAGCCAUAUUGCAGUUGAUUCUCCAAGGGUUGGAAGGCGAAGUUCCCCUUCACCGAGUAGGAGCCGAUCAGAAUCAAGGUCGUUGUUGAACUCCCAGUCUUCUCCAAAGCAGGUGAGCAAAGUGAAGUCAAGGUCAUCAUCAAGAAGCCCAGAUGGUAGAAGGGGACUGGUCUCUUAUGAUGAUGGUUCACCCGACUCGGGAAGGUGAAAUGCAGUGAAAGUUGGGAGAAGAUUUUUGUUUAGUGUUUGAUAAGCCCCAUCUUCUGUUGGUGCACUGAACUUGACUGGACUGUGCAGUUUUACCAACUUGUCUCUACUUUCUGUUAUGGUAUUUCAGGAAUUUUCGUUGAGGUGGUUGUUGUUGGGCUGGCAUGCUUAUUUAGGGUAAUUUUAUUUUGUUAUAAAUAAAAAUAAUUAAUAGUAUGCGACCUGUGUAACUAUUACGGGUUAGGAAGAAAUUCGGUACUUUGUUAGUGCAGGAGUAUCAUACCCAAGUAUCUGGUCUAGCUUUAUGUGUAUUAACGGAAAGUUUGUUGCAGAAGAGGCGAUGGUUUCUGCAGCAUCAUUUCCAUAAUUUCAUUUUUGUUUCUUUGCCCCUAAUUCAUUAUAAUUUCAACCCAAUUUUCCAAAA